AUGUCCUUCGGUUAUGAGGACCUGUCCUCUAAUGUGGUAUAUUCCUCGUGGCCAGUGCUGGCUCCUAUCGGCGGAGUGAUCCUCUUGUCACGCCUGGCACUGCGUUGGUACAGACAUGUCACAUCCGAGCUCGAAGACAAUCACAAGUUGUUGUCGGGUUUCAAUCCCGAAACUGUGCAGGGGAUAGAACCCGCCUGUCGGCAUUAUGGAAGAUUCCUCAAACGCAUCCUGCAAGGCUGCAGCUUCCGUCUGAUCAUAGGCAAGCACGACAUCGGCGAGCUAACCAAGAGCGCUGUCUCAUCGCCGAGAGUUCUUCACGCACCAAGAAUACCAGUAUGGCCCGUUUUCCCUGGGUACGGCGUUCAUGGAUUCAUCACUGAUCGCGCAGUGUGUGACGCCAACUGGCAUCUCAGUGUGAUUGGCCAAAGUCUUGAGGAAUAA